GCGGGGCUCGGCGCGCGGCGGGACCGGCCCGCGGGGGACGCGCCGGGUGCAGCCGCCGCCGCCCGCUGUGGACUUCGGGGACCCGCGGGAGGCGUUUCGCAGCAAGAGCAGCGCGGAGCUGGUGCGGGCGCUGGUGGUGCUGCGGCUCUGCGCGCUGGAGCCGUUGGUGGCGCGGAGCCGGCAGCUGAUGAACCUCAGCAGGAAGCUGCUGGGGCAGCAGCUGUUUGAGAAGCUGAUGAAGAUGACCUUCUAUGGGCAGUUUGUGGCUGGCGAGGACCAAGAGGCCAUCAAACCCCUGAUCCAACGAAACCGUGCGUGUGGGGUGGGCUCGAUGCUGGACUACAGCGUGGAGGAGGAUCUGACACCAGAGGAGGCGGAGCGUAAGGAAAUGGACUCCUGUACCUCUGCAUCUGAGAAGGAGACGGGGGGUGCCGCCCAGAGAGAGAAGCAGUACCUUGCGCAUCGGGGGUUCGGGGACCGCCGGGACAGGGUCAUCAGUGCCCGCACCUACUUCUACGCAGACGAAACCAAGUGUGACCAGCACAUGGACAUGUUCCUGCGCUGUAUCGAAGCCUCAGGUGGCAGCUCCGAGGACAGCUUUUCGGCCAUUAAGCUGACAGCUUUAGGAAGGCCUCAGUUCCUGCUGCAGUUCUCGGAGGUGCUGAUGAAGUGGAGGAAGUUCUUUCACCAGAUGGCUGCAGAGCAGGGCAAGGCGGGGCUGGCUGCGAUGGAGACCAAGCUGGAGGUGAAAAAGCUGCAGGAGACCCUGGCGAACCUUGGGAUUGCGACCAAAGCGGAGAGCCAGCACUGGUUCACGGGCGAGGACCUGGGCGUGUCUGGCACUGUGGACUUGCUGGACUGGAACAGCCUGAUUGAUAGCCGAACAAAGCUCUCCAAACUGCUGCUCAUCCCAAACAUGAAGACCGGCCAGUUGGAGCCUCUGCUCUCGCACUUCACCGAAGAGGAGGACCUGCAGAUGAAGCGAAUGCUGCAGAGGAUGGACGUCCUGGCCACGAGAGCCCUGGAGCUGGGAGUGAGGCUGAUGGUGGACGCUGAGCAGACCUACUUCCAGCCAGCCAUCAGCCGGCUCACCCUGGAGAUGCAGCGCAAGUUCAACAUGGAGGAGGCUGUCGUAUUUAACACCUUCCAGUGCUACCUGAAGGAGGCGUACGACAAUGUGACGAUGGAUGUGGAGCUCUCUCGCCGCGAGGGCUGGCACUUCGGGGCCAAGCUGGUCAGAGGCGCGUAUAUGGAGCAAGAGCAGGCCCGAGCUGCCCAAGUCGGCUACGAGGAUCCCCUCAACCCUACGUACGAAGAGACCAACGAGAUGUACCAGAGGUGCCUGGACUACGUUCUUGAGGAGAUCAAGUACAGCCAGAAAAUCAAAGUGAUGGUGGCAUCGCACAACGAGGACACGGUGACGUUCACCAUUCGCAGAAUGGCAGAGCUUGGCAUUCAUCCCUCUGAGAAAAAGGUGUACUUCGGGCAGCUGCUGGGCAUGUGUGACCAGAUCACCUUCCCUCUGGGGCAAGCAGGUUAUCCAGUCUACAAAUACGUUCCCUACGGCCCUGUGAACGAAGUGCUGCCGUACCUGUCCAGAAGGGCCCUGGAAAACAGGGGCUUCAUGAAGAGAGCCAAACGCGAGAGGGACCUCCUCUGGAGUGAGUUCAAGAGAAGACUGAUCACUGGCAGCCUCUUCUGUAAUCCAAGCCACUAA